AUGGCCUCCAAUCCAUAUCACCGUCGUCCCCUCCCAGACUACUUUAUCUCCUCUCCUCUCGUCGCCCUCGUCUAUCCACUUCACCAACUGCUCCUCCGCCUCCGUGGUCCUCCCCGACUGCCACCUCCAAAUGCGAAACCCAUCCGCGUCGUCUGCAUCUCCGACACCCACACCCUCGAGUGGCCCGACGUACCAGAUGGCGAUCUCCUAAUUCACGCCGGGGACCUCGCCAACGACGGCUCCGUCCGAGAAAUCCAAGCUGCGGUCGACUGGCUGCGCUCGCUGCCCCAUCCACAGAAAGUCGUCAUCUGCGGUAACCACGAUAGCUACUUUGACGUCCGGUCGCGCUGCGAAGAAGACCGCGAUGAACAAUCCUCCGCUUCCUCUUUCGCCGCGGUCUCCGCGUCUACGGCUUCCAUCCAUUCCCUCGAGGAAAUCACUGCUCCCUCGCGCAUCGACUGGGGCGACAUCCACUACCUCCAGCAUUCCGCCGUGACACUCCCCUUCCCAGCUACAGCGACAGCUACAGCUACAGCUACAGCAACCACAGACUCAUCCUCCUCCUCUACCUCCACCUCAUCAGCAACACACCUUGUCAGCACAUCCUCACGCCCCCGCGAACUAACCAUCUACGGCGCCCCCCAAAUCCCAGCCCUCAUGCCCUUCGGCCCCGAACACGCCUUUACAUACCCCCCACACCACGACGCCUGGUCCCGCACCAUCCCCCCAGAAACAGACAUCCUCAUCACCCACACCCCGCCCCAAGCACACCUCGACAUGUCCCCCGUCUACUCAACCGGCUGCCCCAAUCUCCUCGCCGAAACCUGGCGCGUCCGGCCCGCCCUGCACGUCUUCGGACACAUCCACAAUUCUGCAGGCCGCGAGCCGAUCUUCUGGGACGAGGCGCAGCGCGCGUGGGAGCGGCUGUGCACGUCGCGACGGCCCCGUGCGAAGUAUUCGCGGUUUGUCGCGUUGGCGGGCUUUUGGCGGGAUUUGGUGGAUUUGUCGGGGUGGGCGGAUGCGGCGAGGGUGUUGGUUUAUGGGUUCUUGGGGGUGGUUUGGUCGAGGGUUUGGGGUGGGGAGACGCUUGGUGGUGGGUGGAUGGUUAAUGCGGCUUGUAUGUAUCGGAGUAGUGGGCGACUGGGGAAUGCGCCGCAGGUUAUUGAGCUUUGA